AUGAAGAAAAGCAGCCAGAGCAGGAGAGGCGUUCAGGACUCGGGUCAGCCGGCGGCCCAGCAGCUGGAGAAGGUCGGCUGGAUCAGGAAGUUCUGCGGUCGAGGAAUCUUCAGGGAACUGUGGAGGAACCGAUACGUGGUUCUGAGAGGAGACCACCUCUACAUCUCUGACAAGGAGGUGAGAGACGAGCGUAAAGCACAGGAAGUGUUCGACCUGGCUGACUACGAGCGUUCGGAGGAGCUGAGGAAAACAAAGAGUCGCAGCAAGAAGAACCACAGUCGCUUCACGCUGCUGCGCUGCCGCCGGCCAGGCAACACAGUUCCUAACCUGGUGUUUCUGGCGGUCAGUCCCGAGGAGAAGGAGUCCUGGGUCCACGUCCUCAACGUGGCCGUCAUCACCGCUAAGAACCGAGUUCUAGACCAGGUGAGCAUCGAGGAGAACAGUGCGCUGGCUCAUCUCACCAGAGACCGAGCAAAGAUCCCUCAUGGGCGUCGGCUGCCGACCAGAGGACACCUCCUGGCCGUGGCCUCCACCUCCUCCCAUGGCAUGCUGACCCUCGACCUGGUUGCUGAGGAGGACGGUUUCUCCCCGGACUACGAUGGCAACUCGAAGGAAUCCUGGCAGAACUUCCGGGUCGACCUGCAGAAGGGGGGACAGGUUGUAGGAUCUCGGGAGGUCGGGGGUCGUCAGCGGGCCGGCACCGAUGUCUCAAAACUCAGGGUGACCUCCAAGGAACCCAAGGUGAAGACUGGCAGUCUGCCCAGAGGUAGUGAGUGGUCCUGGGGUAGACAGCCCCACCUGGAGGCCUCCAAGGUCCAGAAGACCCAGCAGGUGCAGGCUCAGUCUCGAACUCCACAACCCGGGAAGAAGCUCAGCAUGCCGGGCCGGAGUCGCUGUGCCUCCAUGGAUGAAGUCCUCUCCUCCAGACCGGCGAGGAUCCGCUCGGAGCUGCGGUCCGCUCUUCGUCGUUGUCCCACCGAGGAGGAGGCCGGGGGCGGGGCCUCGGUGCAGCCGGUCGGUCAGCUGCAGGGCCUCAUCGCUCAGAGGAUGCAAAGAGCUCAGGAGCUGCUGGAGGAGAUGAGACUGCAGGAACUGCAGAAAGCCAAAGCAGAGCGGGAGCGAGGCCUGAAGGGCGUCGACUCCCCUCGACUCCAUCACCUCAGGGGCUCGGACUCUCCUCACUCCAGCAAGUCCUCAGGUUCUCCGAGGAGCAGGAGCAGCGAGUCUCCUCGCCUCAGGGGCAAAGAUUCUCCACGUCUGAGAGGACGAGAGUCUCCUCGAUCCAAAGCCAAGAAGAACCGCGGCAAAGGGGCGGAGUCACCUCGCUCGAGAGGAUCCGGUUCCCCUGCUGCGAAAGCAAACGAGUCCCCUGGACUGAAGGAGACACUGAGGACCACAGAGUCUCCACGCUCAAAGAGCUCCGACGCAGUUGGUUCUCCAAAUCUCAAGAGCUCCUCCAGCUGCUCUGGUCCCACCAAGGACGACUCCCCCCCGAGCAAAAGAGGAUCAGACUCCUCAGGGGUCAAAGGAUCUGACUCACCACAGGGCAGUGAACCGGACUCACCUUGUCUGGACAGCAGCAAGGAGUCGCCCUGUCGGAGUCAGAAGAACUCCCCAAGCUUCUCUGGACUCUGUGAGUCUGACCAACAGUGUUUGUCUCCAUCUUCACCAGCCUCACCUCCCUUCCUGCUGGCGGAGGAGCAGCUGGAGGUGGAAAGGAGGCGUGCGGAGGCAGAGCGGCUCCUGGAGGAGGCCGUGUCAUCUUGGAAAGAGGCUCAGGAGGUGCUGCAGGAGGUGAAGGAGCUGCAGAGCCAGACGCUGCGGCGACAGCGUAGGAGGACCUACGAGAAGAUGAGCACAGCGGCGGUGGCCGGGAUUCCCACGGCGAGUUCUGCAGCCGAGGACGAGGACACGCCGGCCUCACCGACAUCCCCUGAGGACGAGGCCGAGACACCUUGA